UUAAAUGUAUUUAAACAAAAUAUUAUAACAAAGUUUUUGCAAUGACAACAUCAACAACAUCAACGGAGAAGGUCCCUAAAGACUGUACAGCGUGCAGACUUACUGGAGCAGUCGGUCUUGUCGGCAUUGGAGCAUACCUUGCUAAUAUUGCCUGGAAAAAUAAAACUACACCCGGAAAACUUGUAAUAUCAACACUGUCACUAGCUUUCAUGACACUUGGAGUGCAGAGAUAUAAAAACGAGUUCCCGUUUCACAAAGUCAACAGUUCAUUAAAAACUAAACUAUGUCACGUUAAUGAUAAGACGGCGCCUCAGUCGCAGCCCGCCCGCCCAACGGCCAACGCACGUAACAUGGAUAAGUCGGAGGAUAGUGAGGCACCCUGGGGGACGCCGAGCACGGCUAGUGUCCUCCCCCCUCAAGCGUAUAGGGGGGAAUGGGAUAGCACUAGCAACGCUUGGAGUGCAGCCCUAGGGGCUAUGGGGGGAGCCGGCACCGUGCUGAUCAUAGCCGCGCUGCUCCUCAUCUUCCGGAGACCACGGCGGAGUGACCAGCCCGUACUAGCUCCUAUGGACGUUGGACAGAAUAGUAUAACAUGA